UGGAAAGCGAAAGAGGUGGAGCCAAUGGGUGGAGAGCUAGUUCGCAAUUGGGUGGCGUGGUGAGAGGCUGUUGCUAGGCAGGCUAAGAUGGCUGCCUUGGACAGGGUCAAGGUGCUGGUGCUGGGGGACUCCGGUGUUGGGAAAUCUUCACUUGUUCAUCUGUUGUGCCAAAAUCAGGUGUUGGGAAAUCCAUCUUGGACUGUGGGCUGCUCAGUGGAUGUGCGAAUUCAUGACUACAAAGAGGGGACCCCAGAAGAGAAGACCUACUACACUGAGUUGUGGGAUGUUGGAGGUUCAGUGGGCAGCGCUAGUAGUGUGAAAAGCACACGAGCAGUAUUUUACAACUCUGUGAAUGGCAUCAUUUUGGUGCAUGACUUAACCAACAAAAAGUCCUCUCAAAACUUGUAUCGCUGGUCACUGGAAGCCCUCAACAGGGAUGUGGUUCCAACAGGAGUUCUCGUAACAAAUGGGGACUAUGACCGCGAACAGUUUGCUGAUAACCAGAUUCCCCUACUGGUGAUAGGAACCAAACUGGACCAGAUCCCAGAGGCUAAGCGCAAUGAAGUUUUGACCAGAACAGCUUUCCUGGCUGAGGAUUUCAAUGCAGAAGAGAUUAAUUUGGACUGCACCAACCCCCGCUAUCUGGCUGCAGGUUCAUCCAAUGCUGUCAAGCUCAGCAGGUUUUUUGAUAAGGUCAUAGAGAAGAGGUACUUUUUACGAGAUGGUAAUCAGAUUCCUGGCUUUUCAGAUAGAAAAAGAUUUGGAGGAGGCACGCUGAAGAAUCUUCAUUAUGACUGAACGCUGCUCACCGUCCAGAGAUUGAGCAGGAGAGGCGUUCUCUCCAUUUGCAACAACAUUCCUAUCCUGUCGGAUGCUUCAAGGCAGUGAUGCUCAUGCCAGGCAGAAUAAAGAGUAAGCAGUGCUCCAGCUCAACUAGUGGAGCUACUGAUGCUGAUGAAGGCACAGGAGAAAAUUCCCCAGACCUGACUUGGGGUCUAGACUCUCCUAGGCUCACAGGCCCUCUGGAAAUAUGGGAUCUUUUGGGAUUUGUGCAAUAAAUUUAGUGUCUUCCACACAGCUGUGGAAAGCAUUAUCAUGUACAGCAUGUAUGUGUAAUUUUUUUCCUCCAUUUUGGAAGAUUUAUGAACUCUCCACAAUGAAUUACAUUCACUUUGUCUCUAGCUGAAAGAUGAGACUGAGUGGGCUUUUCAUUUGCACUUAAGUAAAGAAAAACAAGGAAAGCAGAAUGAAUCUAAACGUGUAAGGAAUGGAAUAGAAAGGAAAUAUUAGAAUGUCAUUAUAUAAAUGAAUGGGUGCAGCUUCUUCUGGAACAUUGUGUUCAUUUCUCCUCAAAAAGGGUGUAACAAAAAUAGACCGGUGAUGAAGAUGAUUUAAAGCCUGAAAAAAAUCUCUCUAGGAAGACACUGGUGUUUAUAUUGAUGUUUAGAUUGGAAUUGUUUACCUUGGAGAGGAGAGAGAUGGUGAAUGUUGUGCUCCUAUUUAUCUUAUUUCACAUUUAAAUGUCUCCUUAUAUUUGUAUUAACUUUUAAAAGGAAAAAAAAAAAUCACAUUUUUGAAAGAAGCAGUCUUAUGUACAGGACACACUAAACUCAAUACGAUAAGAUUAUUAUUGAGAACAGGACCACAAGGCAGCUCUGAAGAGGAUAAGACAAAAAUAAAUAUAAGAAUCCUUGUGGAUAGAAAUAUAGAAGGGAAAUAACACCUAUGUGCUUUUGGUUUGGAGGCUAUAAGUGCUGCGGAUUGGAAAGAGCAUUCCCAUAAAAAA